AUUUGCCUAGGAAGGGGAAAUCCGCUCCGGCCCACGUCUGCGCACUCUUACAUCCGCCCCUCUGCCCCAGUGUUUGUUAUUGUUUUGCGGGUUCAGGUUGUUUCUGCCCCACCCCCGCCGGCGCAUUGUCGACCAAUCAAUGGGGUGGUAGUUUUGAGAGACAAGUGGUAAGAGCCAAUCAUCUUGUCGGAAACUCAGAGAAACUGGACUAGGCCCUGUCUCUAUCCGCCAUGUUAGAUUUACCCCGCAGGGGUAGUGGCGGAGCUGGCAGCCAGCUGUCCUUGCAGCGGCCUCCGGCAGGCGCCCCCCGGGGGCGGGAAGCUGCCCCACAGCAUGGAACUACAGGUUACUUUAAAUGUGACUUUUAAAAAUGAAACUCAAAGUUUUCUGGUUUCUGAUCCAGAAAAUACAACUUGGGCUGAUGUCGAAGCUAUGGUAAAAGUUUCAUUUGAUCUGAACACUAUUCAAAUAAAAUACCUGGAUGAGGAAAAUGAAGAGGUAUCCAUCAACAGUCAAGGAGAAUAUGAAGAAGCACUUAAGAUGGCAGUUAAGCAGGGAAACCAGCUGCAGAUGCAAGUCCAUGAAGGGCACCAUGUUGCCGAUGAAGCCCCAGCCCCAGUUAUAGCAGAAAAACGUCUCGCUGCCAGGGCAGGGAAGAAGCCACUUGCACAUUACUCUUCACUGGUGAGAGUCUUGGGAUCAGACAUGAAGACCGCAGAGGAGCCUGCAGCACAGUUGUUUCCACUUGCUCCAUGUGACACAGACCAGCCUCAAGACAAGCCCCCAGACUGGUUCACAAGCUACCUAGAGACAUUCAGAGAGCAAGUGGUUAAAGAAACAGUUGAAAAGCUUGAACAGAAAUUACAUGAGAAGCUUGUCCUCCAGAACCCAUCCUUGGGUUCUUGUCCCUCAGAAGUCUCAAUGCCUAUUUCAGAGGAAACGCUGUUUGUGCCAGAAAACCAGUUCACCUGGCAUAUUGCUUGCAGCAACUGCCAAAGAAGGAUUGUUGGUGUGCGCUACCAGUGUAGCCUAUGCCCAUCCUACAAUAUCUGUGAAGAUUGUGAAGCGGGGCCAUAUACCCAUGACACUAACCAUGUCCUGCUAAAGUUGCGGAGACCUGUUGCGGGUUCCUCUGAACCAUUUUCUCACUCAAAGUACUCUACUACUCGUCUUCCUGCUGCUCUGGAACAAGUCAGGCUCCAGAAACAGGUUGAUAAGAACUUUCUUAAAGCAGAAAAGCAAAGGUUACGCGCUGAGAAGAAACAACGCAAAGCAGAGGUCAAGGAACUUAAAAAGCAGCUGAAGCUCCACAGGAAGAUUCAUCUGUGGAAUUCGAUCCAUGGACUCCAGAUCCCCAAGUCUCCUUUGGGCCGACCUGAGAGCUUGCUCCAGGCUAAUACCCUAAUGCUCCCUUUGCAACCAUGUGCCCCAGUUAUGCCAAUGCUCAGUGCAGCAUUUGUGGAUGAGAAUUUGCCUGAUGGGACUCACCUUCAGCCAGGAACUAAGUUUAUCAAACACUGGAGGAUGAAAAAUACAGGAAACGUAAAGUGGAGUGCAGACACAAAGCUCAAGUUCAUGUGGGGAAACCUGACUUUGGCCUCUACAGAAAAGAAAGAUGUUUUGGUUCCCUGCCUGAAGGCCGGCCAUGUAGGAGUUGUGUCUGUGGAGUUCAUCGCCCCAGCGUUGGAGGGAACAUAUACUUCCCAUUGGCGUCUUUCUCACAAAGGCCAGCAGUUUGGGCCCCGGGUCUGGUGCAGUAUCAUAGUGGAUCCUUUCCCUUCUGAAGAGAGCCCUAACAACAUUGAAAAGGCCAUGAUCAGCUCAAGCAAAACUGAUGAUCUCACCUGUCAGCAAGAGGAAGCUUUUCUUCUGGCUAAAGAAGAAAUUCAGCUUGGUGAAGUGACUGAGCAGGCAGAAGGGACAGGAACCUGCAUCCCACAGAAGACAAAAAACAUUGCCAGUGAGAGGGAACUCUACAUCCCAUCCGUGGACCUGCUGACUGCCCAGGACCUGCUGUCCUUUGAGCUGUUGGAUAUAAACAUUGUUCAAGAGUUAGAGAGAGUACCCCACAACACCCCUGUAGAUAUGACUCCCUGCAUGUCUCCUCUGCCACAUGACAGUCCUUUAAUAGAGAAGCCAGGCUUGGGGCAGAUACAGGAAGAGAGUGAAGGGGCAGAAUUUAAAGCACUUCCUGAUUCCACAGUGUCAGGAAACAGGAAGGCUGACAAUGUUGCAUCAGUGGAGGAAGCAGAAGAAGACCUGAGUGGGACCCAGUUUGUGUGUGAGACUGUAAUCCGAUCCCUUACUUUGGAUGCUGCCCCAGAUCACAACCCACCUUGCAGACAGAAGUCUCUGCAGAUGAAAUUUGCCUCGUCUGAAGAGGGACCACCUGAAGAUGAGAGGGAAGAGAUUGUCCAUAUCGCUGAGGAAGAAGUUGUCGUGGAGGAAGAGGAGGAGGAUGAGGAGGAUGAGCUCAAAGAUGAAGUUAAGAGUCAGUCCUCUGCUUCCUCAGAGGAUUACAUCAUCAUCCUUCCUGAGUGCUUUGAUACCAGCCGCCCCCUGGGGGACUCCAUGUACAGCUCUGCACUCUCCCAGCCAGGCCUGGAGCGGGGGGCUGAAGCCGAGCCUGGGGUUGAGGCUGGGCCGGAACCAGCUGAGACUGGGGAGAGACUCCCUGGCGGGGAGAACCAGCCACAGGAGCACAGCAUCAGUGACAUCCUCAUGACCUCACAGACUCUGGAAACAGUGCCCCUAAUCCCAGAGGUAGUGGGGCUUCCACCACUAUUGCCCAGGAGCCCUUCUUGUGUACAGCAUCAUGGUUCCCUAGGAGUGGACAUACCAGUUACCAUACCAGAUGUUUCUUCAGUGUCUGAUCAGAGCAGAGGAGAGCCCAGAGGCUCAUCAGGACUUGUAAACAGCAGACAGAAGAGCUAUGACCACUCAAGGCACUACCAUGGGAGCGGCAUUGCUGGCGGACUGGUGAAGGGGGCUCUGUCUGUUGCUGCCUCUGCAUACAAGGCCCUGUUUGCUGGGCCACCAGUCACUGCACAGCCAAUAGUUUCUGAAGAUCAAACGGCAGCCCUGAUGGCCCACCUCUUUGAAAUGGGAUUCUGUGACCGGCAGCUAAACCUAAGGCUGCUGAAGAAACACAACUACAAUAUCCUGCAAGUUGUAACAGAACUUCUUCAGGUCAACAACAAUGACUGGUACAGCCACCGCUAUUGAAGAGUGACCUUGUAUUAAAUAAGUCUGCCUGCUGCUCAGAGAUGAUCUGUAUUCUGUCAUUGAGGUGUGGGGUAGAAGCCCUUGCUUGUUUCUUAAUCUGAUGAAUCUGUGUAGAGCCCAUCAUUGAAUUACCAAGACAAUACCUGUUACAGUAUUUUUGGGAGCAAAUCAAAGACCAGAAUUUAAACUGUCACUUUAGACAUUGGAUGAAUAGUAGGAAGAUAGUUUUUCAAUUGAUUUGGUUAAAAGUCCUUUCUUCAUUUUAAUGCAUUGAGGAGUGUAACUUGAACUUCCUGUAGAACCAUUUUUUUCUGCUUUUAUUGAAGUUGAGUAUUUUUCUUUGGUUAAUGUGGAUGUUUUCUGGGAAUAUCUGUUAAUUGUCAGGUUUUAAAAGAAAUUAACCUUGGAGGUUGUUUUCAAGAAUUAUUCUCAUAAUUUCUGUAAGCUACCCCAAGCUUCAUAGCUAUAUGGCAUUGAAAUGACACCCAGAGCGUGAUGGAAACAUUGCUACUCUUCCUUUCCCAAGAAGAAAGUCAUCUCCCUGUAAGACUUAGUAAAUUGCACUGCUGCUUCCUAAAGACUCCUUUGGUGCGUUGAGGAGUAUCCAACUUCUGGGGAUCUCUGCAUUUCAGUGAAAGGAAGGAAGGGUGUGCUAAUUAAUCCACCAGCACCUAUUGAUUGGUGUCUAUAUAGUAAUUUUGCAUACAUUUUUAUUUAAGGGAAAAAAUUUAGGUAGUGUGAAAUAUUUUGCUAAUUCUAUAGAGAAGGAAAAAAUUCUUCUAUUACUUAAAGGGAAAAGUAAAUUUAAUAGUUACUGUUUUUCUUCAUGUCAGGGCGGAUCUUAUUUUACCGUAGAGUGGGGGAAAUAGAAACAUGUGGAAAGUGAAAGGGAGGCUCCUGAGUUAAUCUCAGUAAAACUGAGGGUGGGCAAGUGUGUGUGAGGCAUAGGAAAUGCUGAUGACUUCUUGAAUGUUUGAAAUUGGUUCAGAGGUAUCUAGCCCUAGAGAGCCUAGAACAGGAAGAGGCAGUAGGUGUUUUGCAAAAUUUGGAUGGGGGCAAACUCCCUGAAAAAGUUUUGGUUUAAGCCUAGGAUGAGUGGGAAAGAGCUUGCUUCCAGGGGCCCAGGUGCUCACUUUUUUUUACCGAAGGGAGUCUUGGGUACAAUUGGUGAAAAAGGUAACAAAACACGCUAAAGAUUUUAUCUAUGAUAUGACUUCCAGAAAAGGAAGAAUCUGAACCCCAGCCCAAAAGUGGGAAGCAUAAAGUAGUAUUAUUUAACCUGGUUGGUAUUUAUAAUGAAUGGUGAUUUUAGUUAGUCAUUAGUUAUAAUGUUGUUUAUUUGCAGUAUAACUCUUGAAUGCUACUUAAUAAACCAAGAUGCAGACUGCAAGCCAACCGGGCUGUUCAUUAUUUAAAACGUUUUUGUCGGGGCUUCUGGGUAGAAGGCCAAGCGGCAGGGUGUGUGUAAUUGGGCUGAUGAAGGGUGGGACCUGUCUUGACCAUCGGAGUCUUAAAGUAGAGGCCCAGGUGGGCCCGCAGGUCCGGUCGUCAGCCCCGUUGUACGUAACCACUGAAAGAAUGGCGAAAUAAAUGUUCUUUGAAACUCCUA